AGUGCAGCUCCGCGCCAGAACCGCCACGGGGCCAACUCAAAUUCAUUCUCGUCAUUCAUGUUCUCUGCGCUGCUCCGGCGACGCAAUGCCAUCUCCCAUGGCCACCGUCGACUCUUCCCCCUCCUCCUCCUCAAAAAGCCUUAAUCUAGACUCCACAGCUCUUUUCCUCUCAUCCCUCUCACCCCACUCCCAAACCCUAACGCCUCCAUUUUCUCUUCCUCCCUUUCCCUCCGACUUCCCGCAGUCUAAAGUCAUCCCCAGAUCCCGCUUCGUCGUUGAUGCCUUCCGCUAUGCUGGCGACUUCUCUGUUUCCUAUUUUCUUUCCCACUUCCACUCCGACCACUACGCUGGCUUGACCCCUUCGUGGUCCAAAGGCAUUAUUUUUUGCUCCCACACCACCGCUCGCCUUCUUGUCGAGGUUCUCAAAAUUCCUUGUCGCUUUGUUUUCCCGUUGUUGUUGUUAGAACCUGUUUGAAUCGAUGGGUGCGAGGUCGCGCUUAUUGAUGCGAAUCACUGCCCCGGGGCAGUUCAGUUCUUGUUUAAGAUUCCUGGGAAUGGUGACAAAUUCGAGAGGUAUGUUCAUACAGGUGAUUUCAGGUAUUGUAGGUCGAUGAAAUUGGAGCCCGUUUUGAGUGAAUUUGUGGGUGCUGAUGCAGUUUUCUUGGAUACUACAUACUGCAACCCAAAGUUUGUUUUUCCGUCACAGGAGGAGUCUGUUGAUUAUAUAGUAAAUGUGAUAGCGAGAGCUCAAGCGGAGAAUAAGGGCUUAACGAAUUCUGUUUUGUUUCUCGUAGCAACUUAUGUUAUUGGGAAGGAGAAAAUUUUGCUUGAGAUAGCGCAUAGGUGUAACUGUAAGAUACGUGUGGAUGGCAGGAAAAUGGCAAUUUUGUGCGCCUUGGGGUAUGGGGAAAAUAGGGUGUUUACAGAGGAUGAUUCUGAAAGUUCUGUUUAUGUUGUUGGGUGGAACGUGUUGGGUGAGACCUGGCCAUAUUUUCGACCUAAUUUUGUGAAGAUGAAGGAGAUCAUGGUUGAGAAAGGCUACUCUAAAGUUGUCGGGUUUGUUCCUACAGGUUGGACAUAUGAAGUAAAGCACAGUAGGUUUGCUGUUAGAACUAAGGAUUCGUUUGAGAUACACCUUGUGCCUUACAGUGAACAUUCAAACUAUAAUGAGCUGAGGGAAUAUGUGAAAUUUUUAAGACCAAAACGUGUUAUUCCUACUGUAGGCAUCGAUGUUGAGAAACUUGACAGUAAACAUACUGAGAAAAUGCGAAAGCAUUUCGCCGGGUUGGUUGAUGAAAUGGCCAUGAAGCAAGAGUUUUUGAUGAGUUUUCAUCGUGUAUUACAGGAAGCAGAAAAAAUGGGUGGAAAAGAUGUUUGCAUGAUCCCGAAAGAGGGCCUGGAUCAGGAGAAAGAUAGGAAGUCAUCUGAAAUGAAGGAGAUUAAAGAUUCUGAUGUGGGAACUGUUUUAGCCUCCCCAUCUUGUCUGCAAAGACACCCUUUAAAAGAUGAUGAAAAAGAGGAACUCAUACAACAACUUGGUGAUUGUUUGCCUAUUUGGGUAACUCGGAACCAAAUGCUAGAUUUGAUAACUAUAUCAGGUAGUAAUAUGGUUGAAGCAGUUUCUAAUUUCUACGAGCAUGAAACUGAAUUUCAUGAGCAGGUGAUUGCUUCUACAACUACAUCUUCUGUUCAUGCACCCCGUACAAGCUUUUGUAACGACUCUACAUCACUUUUUAAACCACCUAUUACUAAAAGCAGUCCAAAUAGUAGUGUGGAUUUCUUUCUAACUCGAGAGUGUAAAGCACCUAACAUGAGGCAUCCAAUUAAACGCAACAUUUCUACUGGAAAAAUGAAGAGAAAUCUUGAAAAUAAGUCAAACAAGAAAUCAAGAAUUAAUUCAAGUCCAGAAUCCAGCAGGUCUAAACAAUCAAGUAUAACAAAAUUUUUUGGCAAACUCUCAACAAAUGUUUCUGGAGAUGCACUAGGACAUAUGUCUGUGGAAUGCCAUGAUGAUGAAAAAAAUUUAAUGGCAAGUGAUACCUUCAAGCCAAAUGAGGAGGUAGAUCAGUUUAUUCAGAUAAUAGGUGGCAGUGUCUCAUCAAGAAGCUAUGCUGCUGGUAUUCUAAAAAAGGCAAAAGGUGAUAUCAAUAGGGCUCUGGAUAUGCACUAUAAUAAUCCUGAGGGUGACUCUGGUGAGAAGGAAGAGAGGUUUGUUAACUGUGGUGAUUCACUUCAGGUUCAAGGCAGUGUUAACAAUUUGUCAUGUAGGCAAGAAAAAGGAGUGUCAGGGGAAUCAGGGGAAAUGGCUGAAUUGUCUUCGCGUGAUCAAUCAGCGGAGAGCACAGCCUCAACUUUUCUGUCAUUACCACCUGAAAAAUACUGUCCUAUAGAGUAUGCAUGCUGGAGGGAUGGACAGCCUGCUCCAUAUAUUCAUCUUGCACGAACUUUUGAUCUGGUUGAGGGUGAAAAGGGCAAGAUUAGGGCUACCUCCAUGCUGUGUAAUAUGUUCAGAAGUUUGCUGGCCUUAUCUCCUGAUGAUGUUCUCCCUGCUGUUUAUUUGUGCACGAAUAAGAUUGCAGCGGACCAUGAAAAUAUGGAACUAAACAUUGGUGGAAGUUUGGUCUCUGCAGCGCUGGAAGAGGCAUGUGGGACAAACAAGUCUAAAAUAAGGACUAUGUACAACAACUUAGGUGAUCUUGGCGAUGUUGCUCUAGCUUGCCGGCAAAAUCAGUCACUACUUGCCCCUCCUUCACCCCUUCUGAUUAAAGAUGUGUUUAUAAUGCUCCAGAAGAUAAGUGUACAAACAGGCAGCGGAAGUACACUUCGAAAGAGAAACCUAAUCGUGAAUCUCAUGCGGUCUUGUAGAGAGAAGGAGAUAAAGUUUCUCGUUAGAACUUUGGUUCGGAAUUUGCGGAUUGGGGCAAUGAUGAGAACUGUACUACCUGCACUGGCUCAAGCUGUUUUUAUGAAUUAUUCUCCUAACUUUCGUCAUGAUGGACCACUUGAGAAUUUAAAGGAGAAGCUACAGUGUCUUUCCGCUGCAGUCAUUGAAGCAUACAACAUACUCCCCAGUCUGGAUUUGAUCAUUCCUUCUCUCAUGGAGAAAGGCAUUGGAUUUUCUUCAUCUGCUUUGUCAAUGGUUCCAGGCAUACCUAUUAAGCCCAUGCUUGCAAAAAUCACGAAUGGAAUUCCUCAAGCAUUGAUGCUCUUAAAAAAUAAAGCCUUUACUUGUGAAUAUAAAUAUGAUGGUCAGCGUGCACAAAUUCAUAAAUUAGCUGAUGGAAGUAUUCGUAUAUUUUCAAGAAAUGGGGAUGAAACAACAUUGAGAUUUCCAGAUUUGGUUAAUAUAGUUAUGGAAUCAUGUAAACCUGCUGCGACCUUCAUAGUGGAUGCAGAGGUAGUUGCAAUUGAUAGGAGGAAUGGCUGCAAGCUUAUGUCCUUUCAAGAACUAUCUUCUCGAGAGAGGGGAAGCAAAAAUUCCUUGGUUUCAGUUGUUAGCAUAAAGGUGGACAUUUGCAUCUUUGUCUUUGAUAUCAUGUUUGCUAAUGGAGAGCAGCUGUUGGGUUUCCCUCUCCGGCUAAGGCGAAAAUAUCUGAAGGAUUUAUUCUCUGAUGAGAAAUUCGGUUAUUUUGAAUUCGCUAGGGAAACAACAGUGGAAGCAGAUGAUGCUUGUUUGACCAACGAAGCGACAAUAACCAAGAUGAACUGUUUCCUUGAAGAUGCAUUCCGCUCCUCAUGUGAAGGAAUUAUGAUUAAAUCAUUAGAUACUGAUGCUGGAUAUUUUCCAUCAAAGCGUACAGACACCUGGUUGAAGGUCAAGCGUGACUAUGUGGAGGGAUUGAAUGACUCACUUGAUUUGGUCCCUAUUGGUGCUUGGUAUGGCAAUGGGAGGAAAGCAGGAUGGUACAGCCCAUUCCUCAUGGCUUGCUAUGACCCUUCUGUUGAGGAAUUUCAAAGUGUAUGUCGUGUUAUGUCUGGAUUCUCAGAUUCCUUUUACAGGGAGAUGAAAGAGUUCUUUUCUGAGGGCAAGAUCUUGUCCAAAAAGCCACCAUACUAUCAAACAGCUGAGGUGCCUGACAUUUGGUUUUCUCCAGAACUUGUUUGGGAAAUAAGGGGUGCAGACUUCACUAUUUCACCAGUCCAUCAGGCUGCUGUGGGUUUAGUUGAUCCAUCCCGUGGCAUCUCAAUCAGAUUCCCAAGAUUUAUUCGAUCUGUAUUAGAUAGAAAACCAGAAGAAUGUAGCACUGCUGCUGAUAUUGCUGAAAUGUUUCAUUCUCAGACCCGGAAAAUGGAUGUCACUCUAGCAGGUUAAAAACCUUUGUUAAAAUGUACUUGAAUUUAUCCCCCCCUCCCCCUCUCCCUCUCCCUCUCAAGGGGUGGGGUUGCUUUUGUUUGGGUCAGUUUUUUGUAUCCACAAUGUUGCCUCUUUCUUGUAGUCUUGUUAGAAUGCUAAGUUCAUUUCUAUAUAUUUGUUGCCCAAUUCAGAUGGAUGA